CCAACACACACAGAGAGAGGACAACUCCUCACAACUCUCCCUUCCCUCCUGUAGGGGCCAAAAGGGUUAGAGAGUAGGAGAAGUAGUUCCCUAGCCCAACACAAGAAAAACAAGCUCGAUCUCCUCAUCACCCUAAUCCAAGCAACUGCUUUGUGUGUUGGGAAAUUCUUGUGACCCCUGUUAUAUUAUUAUCCGUGUAGCUACUAGCUUCAUUCCCCCCUUUGUACCCAUCAAAUGGCUGGCAUGUCUCUGCAACACCCCUGGGCGUUUGCUUUCGGUCUACUAGGUAACGUCAUCUCCUUCAUGACCUUCCUGGCCCCGAUACCGACGUUCUACCGCAUCUACAAGAGCAAGUCGACGGAAGGCUUCCAGUCGGUUCCCUACGUGGUUGCCCUGUUCAGCGCCAUGCUGUGGAUCUUCUACGCACUGAUCAAGUCCAACGAGACCUUCCUCAUCACCAUCAACGCCGCCGGCUGCGUCAUCGAGACCAUCUACGUCGUCAUGUACUUCGUCUACGCGCCCAAGAAAGCCAAGCUGUUCACGGCCAAGAUCAUGGUCCUCCUCAAUGGCGGCGUCUUUGGGGUCAUCCUCCUGCUCACCCUUCUCCUCUUCAAGGGCAGUAAGCGCGUUGUGCUGCUUGGCUGGAUCUGCGUCGGCUUCUCCGUCAGUGUCUUCGUCGCGCCACUCAGCAUCAUGAGACGAGUGAUCCAGACGAAGAGCGUGGAGUACAUGCCCUUCUCCCUCUCCCUCUCGCUCACCCUCAGCGCCGUCGUCUGGUUCCUCUACGGCCUCCUCAUCAAGGACAAAUACGUCGCGCUUCCAAACAUCCUGGGGUUCACCUUCGGCGUGGUCCAGAUGGUGCUCUACGUGUUGUACAUGAACAAGACGCCGGUGGCGGCGACUGCCGAGGGCAAGGAUGCCGGCAAGCUUUCCUCAGCUGCAGACGAGCACGUCCUCGUCAACAUCGCCAAGCUCAGCCCAGCCCUCCCGGAGAGGAGCUCCGGGGUGCACCCAGUCACCCAGAUGGCGGGCGUUCCUGUCAGGAGCUGCGCUGCUGAAGCAACCGCGCCGGCGAUGCUGCCCAACAGGGACGUGGUCGACGUCUUCGUCAGCCGACACAGCCCCGCCGUCCACGUGGCAUAGAUUCUCGAUCGAUCGCGUGCAUGGCCCAUGCAUGCGCCCGCCACACGUACGCUAGCUUUUAUAUAUUCGAAGGACGACUUGCUGCUGGUCGUGAGCAUAUAUAUGAUGGAGAAAAUGAUUAAGUAGUAUAUAUAUAAGUAAUUAACUGCCAUGCAUGGAAGCUAGCUAAUGGAUGGAGGCAGAGGCCAGAACGAUGAAGGGGGAAGCUAUACAUAUAUGUGUGUAAUUAAUAUA